AUAGUACAUCCAUAUGUAUAGCACUCAGUGUACGUAUGGCACCCACAAGGCCUGAGCAAGGUGUCAUGUAAAAUCUCUGUGUGAAGCUAUGGUAAUAUCUUGGCGAUAGCCCAUAGAGUAUUUGUUGGCUUAGCUCGUCGUGACCCUAAUUUUGAGUAUUCUGAUGUUACGUUAUUGCUUUUUAACUAUCUAUUCAAAUUGUACGAUCAGGGAGUAAGGUGUCAGUUCGACUCUUAAGGCUUGAUUCUUGUUUCCAACUCUGAAGAGCACUCGUCUACGAUUUUGUCAACCUCCACAAGUUCAAAGUGUAUUUCAAAACUUCCCUGACAGCAAUUUGAAAACUAUUUAAACGCCACCAUCAGUAUUCAGAAAUGGAACCUGUAGUACAGACUUGACUCUUUACUCAGACAGAGACUGCGCUUCAAGUUCAGUCUCAAUUAUUUUGGAUCUGAACUACAGUUAAAUACAAGUUCACAGUCAAUAAUUUGUUGACGAAAUGGCAAAAGCAAACAACAAAUUUGUUGGGAUCUCAGUUGGCAAAUCUGACCCAAUUUACCUUGAUCAGAACAGAACCGAUUUAUCUUACUACACAUUUCUAGACGAUGCCACAAAAACGUGGCUGAAUACUCUGCAUUGUACUUGGGAUCUUUGGAAAAAAAGUCAGGGAAUUACAAAAAUGUUGACAGACUAUUUCGAAACAGCACCAAAUCCAUAUUUGAGUGCUCUUCGAAUACUGACAAAUGUCUCUGACUUUAAGUACAUCAAGUCUAAGACAUCACUGGGCUUUGCAGUUGCGGAAGACUUCUCCAACUGGAUCGCACCUAGAAAAAAAAUAUAUGAAGCAUACCUAUUGCCAGAUUUAAAGCUAGCUACAUUCGAACUUCUAACUAGGCAGCGCAACUUACAACUGACUAAACUUGUAUCUGAUGCUUAUGAGCUUCCAGAGCACAAAGACCUAUUUCUACCUAUGAUACAGCGUAUGGUGCAGGAAAAAAAAUUCAAAGAUGCUGCUCAGUACGCUUCCAUGUUACACUUGCAGUCGCACUUCUUGGAUCCUGAAGUAUUACUACUGCCACUGAUAUUACAGAAUAAAUUGACUAUUGUUGAUGACCUUCUGGCUGAAUGCACAGAAGCUCGAGAAGCUCUAGUAACCUACCUAGAUGAUUUAUUGGCACCAGCUAUGAAUCUGGAAGUUUUAUUGACAUCUUUCAUAGACAAGAACCAAAUUCCUGAGGUCAAAAUGUCUACCUUGCAAAUACGACCAAUGAAUAAAUUAGUUGGUCGGUUGACAAAACUAUACAACCUCCCACCUGAAUUGUGCCCAAAUUUAAAUCGAAGACGUGGUGAGGGUGCAUUGAAAUUUUUGAUCUACAAAAGAUACACUGAUUGUACGCUCAGUGGUGAAAGCUGGAAUGAAAUGGCUCGUGAAACUGUGGGAUUAGAUUCGAGACUGCAGUUUGAGUUACUGAAGUGCUUAGCUCAGGCAAACGAUGUUAAAGAAGCACUUCGCUGGGCUAGAGAAUUUCAAAUGCCCAGAGAUCAAUGGCCCUGGGCUCUUAUAGACUGCGAGGAGUUGGAAUUCGAAGUUCAAAUAGUUACAGAUUCUUCGAAUUCAAACGUGGUAACUGCUGUAGAAGAGAACUGGGAUACAGAGAUAGAUUCUACCCUUUACCACACAUUGAGGCUACCCAAAGAUUGUAUAAAAAUUGUUGAUGACGAAAGAUCAUUUGAGGAAUUCCUCAAUCAAGGAUUAGAAGAUGUAACUAUGGUUGGGAUAGACUCUGAGUGGAAGCCAAGUUUUGGUACAAAACAAAGUGAUUUAGCCCUGAUACAAAUAGCUACCAAUACGACCGUCUACAUCCUAGACGUUAUCGGCAUGGGAAAAGAACUUGUUAACUUAUGGACAGAACUAGGGCGGGCGUUGUUUGAUAAUAAAAAUAUUUUGAAACUUGGAUUUGGUCUGGCUCAUGACAUAGCAAUGAUUAAAGAAAGCCUCCCAGCAAUGGCAGGUAUAAAGGCAACAGGCCAAGGAUAUAUGGACCUGUUGCACCUUUGGAGAAAAUUGGCAACCGAGCAAUGCUUCCAAUUUCCGCACAAAGGUGACAAAAACUUUAUUGGCGAAAGCUUGAGCAAACUAGUUGAACUCUGUACGGGUCAUAGGCUGAACAAGUCUGAUCAAUUUUCAAACUGGGAAAGAAGACCAUUGAGAGAGAGUCAAUUGAUUUAUGCAGCAUUAGACGCAUAUUGUCUCUUAGAAAUAUUCGAGGUUUUUAAAUCUCAAUCGUUGCGAUCGGGUGUUGCAUUCAACGAACUAUGUGCCGAAUCGCAAGAUGUUAUGCAUAAAUUACCAAAAAAGAAUACCAGAAGGCAUGCAGCCAAGGCUGCCAUAAAAACGAGAACCACUUUGCAAACAGCACCGGUGAACAAUUUUCAGCAAUCUAGUUGGAACAAUAAAGGAAAGGUUACCACGGAAUUUUUUAGUGACAUGCAACCUGCCCAUGAAUGGCGUGUGGUAUGCGACUCGAUGCUCGGUGGCUUAGCCAGACAGUUGCGUAUGUGUGGAUGUGACUGCGUUUAUGUUGAGUUUGAUCGAAGAGGAGAUCAGUCUGCUAAGGUAGCCAUGAAACAAAAGCGUGUAUUUUUAACUAGAGGAGGUGCAUACAACAGGUUCACCUCCUACGUCCCCCAAGGCAGCUGUUACAGAGUUGUAGCUGACAGGCCAGAAGACCAGCUAAAAGAGGUUCUGAAUCAUUUCAAAGUAUUAGUGAUGCAAAAAGACAUUUUUAGUAGAUGUCAGAUUUGUAAUCACGAUGAGUUCGUUAUCGUCUCCAAGGAUAUCAUUACAGAGCUCGGAAAAAGUUUUGCAAAAUUAAAGCGUCAAAAUGGGUAUCGAUAUUUGCCUGGCACAUCUGCCGGCGUUAAUAUUACAACUACUGCCAGUACAGCUCCUGACAGUGAAACCGAUUCAGUAUCAAGUGAAGAUUUCAAAUUAGCGAACAGUAUACGGGCUAUGGUAAAUAAUUGUGACCGCACAUGGCAACUUUCAACAGAGACGCUAGACGUUGCGAACUGUCUCACAAAAUACAGAGUGACAGUACAGGUAGAUAGAGUGCCAGCUAAUGUAUUGAAGAACGUUGAACAGUUUUACGUCUGCGAAUGUUGCGGUAAAGUAUACUGGGAUGGAUCCCAUAUGGAAAGAGCUCUGAAUGGAGUUCUCAGGGACAUCAUAACGUGGCAGUGAUUUUACAUGGGUAUGUUUAUAUAGUAUAGAUUUAAGAAGAGCAUAUAAUUACAUUAUAUCAAGCGAUAUCACGUUAUGUUAUGUGUAGUAUUUUUUAAUUAAUUUCGAAAUCGCAAACUGAUGCUGAUGGAGCUUGUCUGGAAUCGGUGAAAAAAAGUUUAGUACACGUUUAUCUAAUUUUCACGAACCAUGCAUUACUCGCUGCGAGUACAUAUAUGGUAUUGAAAAAUGUGACCUGGCCGAUCGGCAUGAUAUUGUGUUCUUAGACGGUACGAAUAUUAUGUUAUUCCAUUAAAUAAAGUUAUGCCCUGAUAUUUCUUUAA